AUGGAAACACGGCUGAAGCGAUGCCUCACUAUAACUGAUAUUACACUUCUUGGUGUUGGCCAUAUGGUUGGAGCCGGUAUAUAUGUUUUGACCGGUUCUGUGGUUCGUAACAUCGCUGGGCCUUCCAUUGUGAUAUCGUUUGCACUAGCUGGAUUUGCAUCAUUCCUCUCUGCAUUAUGUUACGCAGAAUUUGGCGGAAGAUUUCCAAAAGCGGGCAGUGCUUAUACUUAUGUGUACAUCGGUGUUGGUGAAUUAUGGGCAUUUGUUGUUGGAUGGAAUAUCAUUCUUGAACACAUGCUUGGUGCUGCAGCAGUGGCUCGAUCAUGGUCUGGUUAUUUGACAUCUCUAGUUGACGGCUCUCUCAAAAAUUCAAGCAUUGUUACCAUCGGACAUUUUGAUCAGUCAUUUUUCGCUGACUCUCCAGAUCUGAUCGCAUUUUUGGCAGUUGUAGCAGUUGCAGUAUUUACUGGUCUUGGCUCGAAAACAUCCACUAAUUUCAAUUCUUUAUUCACAAUAAUCAACAUGCUGGUUAUUGCAUUUGUGGUUUGUUAUGGAUUUACAUUCGCAGACUUUACACUUUGGUCUGUUUAUAAAGUUGACUCUGCAAAAUCCUCCUUCUUUCCAUACGGUAUUGGUGGUACCUUUGCUGGAGCUGCAAGUUGUUUUUUUGCUUAUAUUGGCUUUGAUGGUUUAGCAACUGCUGGCGAAGAAGCUUCCGACCCAGCUCGAACAAUACCUUUAGCGACAUUUAUAUCGAUGUCUAUCGUAACAGUGGCUUAUAUUCUGAUGGCUUCAGCAUUAACUUUAAUGGUUCCGUUUUGGAAGGUAAAUCCUACAGCAGCAUUUUCGGAUGCAUUUGCAAGUCGCGGUGCAACUUGGGCAAAAUAUAUUGUCUCUGUUGGAGCUAUGUCAGGCAUGACUACAAGUUUGAUUGGCUCUAUGUUUGCCCUCCCGCGAUGCGUUUAUGCAAUGGCCGAAGACGGACUAAUAUUCAAGAUUUUUGGACAAGUUAAUGAUAAAACUCAGGUACCAUUGAAAGCGGUAAUUGUUUUCAGUGCUAUUACUUCGAUAAUAGCAUUUCUAUUUGAUAUUGAGACUUUAGUGGAGUUUCUUUCGAUUGGUACUCUUCUAGCUUAUACGAUUGUUUCUGCCUGUGUCAUUGUUCUUCGAUAUCGUCCAGCUCUGAAUGAAGAAGAUAAUAUUAUUGAAGGAAAUGGAGGUCGGAUAAAAUUCUGGAUGCCAGGAUAUCGCUGGUUUAACAUUUUGAAACCAGGAAAACUCGUGCUAUGGUGUGUUUUCACGAUGAUAUUUGCUAAUGCCGGUAUCAGUAUCAUUUUUACUACCACAUUUGUGCACACUCUACUUGGUUGGAUCCUUAUAUUCACUUUUGGAAUCAUCGCUGCAAGUGCAUUCAUUUUAAUCUGUGCACAUCAUCAAACUAAUGAGCAGAUUUCAUUCAAGGUACCAUUGGUCCCUCUCAUACCAGCAACUAGCGUACUAAUCAACAUUUUUUUAAUGUUCCAUCUGGCUCCCGUGACUUGGAUCCGACUUGCCAUUUGGCUAGUUGUCGGGCUUGCAAUCUAUGGCUUCUAUGGCAUUAACCAUAGUCGGGAAAUACAACCGGAUUCCGAAUUAAUCACGGAAAGCACGACAUAUGAAAGUAUGGCCACUACUGUUACAGUGCCGUAA